UGUUAAAGUGCCAUUGGAAGUAUCCACGUAGGCUGCCUCCAUUUCUUUUUUUCCUUUCUUUUCUUAAGUCUUUUCUGUUCACCGGGAGAACGGCGGAGCUGCAGCACCGGGAACCAUGAGCGGACGCGGGGACGAGGCCGGGGAGAGCUCUGGCUCCCAGGAGCCAGCGGGGGCCGCGGAGCCCCAGAAGAGGAGGCCGGGGAGACCGCGGAAGCCCCCAAAAGAGCCCACUGGAGAGCCUGUCCCCAAGCGACCGAGGGGCCGUCCCAAAGGAAGUAAGAACAAGGGCCCCUCCAAGGCAGCUCAGAAGAAAGCAGAGGCACCCGGGGAGAAAAGACCCAGGGGGCGACCAAGGAAAUGGCCACAACAAGUUGUCCAGAAGAAAUCCACUCAGGAAGAAGAAGGUGAAGAAGAGGCUGAAGAGUCCCCAGAAGAGGACUAAGCUUCCACAACGUGAGACCUCUACCUCAUUCAGCUGUCAGGUCUUUGAAAGGGAAAAGACUGCCUUGACCACUUAUUUUUGACUUUUUCUACAUGGGAUGUUACACGGUUCGAUUUCAGAGCAUUUCCAUCUUUGAUCUGUCACUGAACAGGCAGAGAUGUGCAGUACAUGUCUGCAUUUCUAAAUUCCUUUGAUACAUUUUUACACAGAUUUUUGUACAGAUGCUGCAAUAUGGGGGAGAUCAAAAGAAACCAGUACUAGUAAUUGUAGUGCUGCCAGCUACCUAUAGGCUGAACAGAUAAGUCCAGACAUUCUGCCUGUAAAAACAGAAACAGGUUUGGCAGCAAUGGACGUGUCAUCGGCCCCGUAUCACAAACUUACUCUUCUCAAUGAGAAUAAACUAAAAACAUACAGCAACCGACAGACACAAGAAGUAAGUAUGGCCGCACCCCAAAUGUCUGGAAUUGUGGUUCAGGGCAUUAGCAGGGGGUGCUUCAUUCUGAAGACUACACCUUUGUACUGAGGUGCAAAUCAAACGCACUCCCAGUGCCACUGUAGAGCGGGCGCUCUCUCUCUCUCUCUCUCUCUCUCAUAUAGACAGACACAGAUGCACAGACUCUUUCACUCACCCUGUCACUGUUAACUGAUUCUCCCGACACUGACGGCAGAAAAGAGAACAACAUUGUUUCAAUUCCAGCAGCCUGGUAUUGUCUUAUAGAAAUGUAGAACAGAUGUCCAAUAUAUCAGGGUUGGUUCUAAACCAAGCCAAUCCGCCCACCGCUCACCCAAACUAGUGUUAGACCACCAAAGACAGAGAGACACAGAGAUCUUUCCUCAGGGCAGUGAUUUAUCCAUCGUGUUGGCUUAAAGCCAUUUAGAAACAUGCUUGCUGAAGCUGUUAGCAUUGGCUCAGAUUUAACUUUAUCAUCAGACUGAGUCUUCAUACAUCAUCUAUACUUUUACAACAUGGCCAUCUUUCUGUGGCUUCUCUCUCUGAUGAUAUCCAGAGAAGAAAUGGCACGCAAUGCAAAGGUUGGUCACUGGGUGAACCUGCAGCGCAGUCUGGUCUCCUGACAUUUGGUGAAAGUGCAAGUUUUAAUUGUCAGUAAAGAUAUAGGAAUUGAAUCUGAAUUUGAAAAUCUGGACGUAAAAGACCUAUAUGAAUAAGAGACCUGAAUGGAUCUCUGGGUUGAACAAAUCCAUCUAAAUAAUUACAUUUUCUAUGGGACAACACAAAAAUGGCCGAAAAAUAAAACUAAUUAUGUGAUUGUUGAAACCAUUUGCUAUUUUGUCAGAACAUCAACAAAAGUGCCUAAACUGUAUUUAAAGCUUUCAUAUUGAUACAUCUUUGAUCAGGACUGGACUUGCUAGACCAGAAAAUCAGAGCACUACAUGAUCUCUGCUUUGCUCUCCCUGUUGUUGGUGGACUGACAGACCUCUUUCAUUGGUCUAGAAAAUGCUAGAACCUCUUUACAUCCUGUCGGUGCUCCACUACCAAACUGUUUGACUUUGCAUCAGACUACUGUAGACCGUUUGUUAACAAUAACAACAAGCUCAUGAACAUAGCUUCAUUCAGUUUGUUUCAUUGCGCAACAAAGCUUUAAAACCGUGAUUCCAUCAUUGAUGUCACACUGCAAAGAAAUCCAGGCUUGGUCUGCCUUACAAAAGAAAAACCUCAAGAACAAAAACCACAUGAACAAACCACACUUUACCUCAUGACACAUUUACCUGGAUUUAGUGGCAGCGUGACAUUGGACAACUCAUCUCGCACUGUAACUCCAGUGAACCUAACGUUUUAAGGAAAACUGAUAGUCAGCGCUUUCUGGUCACUGAUAUGCAAUACCUUCUCCUGAUUUCAAACUACCUCUGACUCAGCACAACCAGCUUGUGAACGCUGUCGCUCAGUACACACCAACCAACGCACAGGAAGGCAGUGUACGUUCAGAUAUUUGAUAAUGUGUUGUAGCGUUAUGCUGUACAUUAACGAGGUCAUGCCGGUUGUUGUCUUGUCAUGGGGGAAUUUGUUUGCAACUGUUUUGUUUGAUUCAGGCGAACCCUACAGAAUCUGUAAAGAAGCAAAAGUCAGAAAUGACAGAGAGACAACAUCAACUGCUUAUUUUUUUCAAUUGACCAUCUUUUCUGUUGGUUAUGAUGGGCCAGUCAAGUGCUUUAACAAGGUUAGAAGCAGUGCAAAGACAUGGUAUCCAUGCGGAUAACAUAACAUAAUAUUUUAACAGAAAUAAGCUUUCAGUUUCAACAUUUUUUAAAGUAAAAACCUUAAUGAUACAGUUGGGAUGUAUUUCUACGUAAGGCGAUACAAGUUCCUGAUUGUGUUUUCUAGAUGCAACCAUUAAACUAAGGAUUUGUUUGUUUGAUUAUUUAUCUGGUGACUCCAGAGCUCUGACUGAGAUGUGGUCAUAACCUUCAGGCAUGAUGGUCAAAACUAUGAAAAUACGACGCAAGUUGUUAAAAAAGAACCCUAAAUUUUACUUUACUUGGAGACAGACUCUGAAGCCUACAGUUCAGCAUUUGUAAUUUCCAUAUCCACAUGUCCGUAUAUUAUGUUCAGAUGUUACAGUCACACUGAAAGCCAGGUAUUUUUUGCAGUUACAUUUUCAGCUUUGGUUGUCUCCAUACAAAAUAUGUCUAUAAAUGUGUAAAAUAUUUUUUUUAAUGUACAUGAUCUAAUUUCAUUAGAAUAUGUGUGAAUUAUAUUAUAUAUGUUACUCUUGUUAAGCGGGGCUGUAUCCUCUAAUAUGUUUUUAUAUAUAUAAAUGUAAUAUUUAAGGAGUCCAAUCAACACCUUUUGAGUGAAGCUGUUCAGAUGCAGUCUUUAGAGUUUGUCUCCAUCAACCCUUGUGCACUUGGCUUUCUUUAGGGAUUCCAAGAAAAAGCCGUGAUUCAGUGGUCUGUUAUACAUAAAGCAGCAAACCUAUUAAGUACUGUUUUUUUCUCAUUUGCCUUAAUGUUAAUUUGUAUCUCAACAUUGUAAUGAAACAUAUUUUUCAUUAUCUGUAACUUGGGACUUUUUUAACAAACUUGAAUUUAUUUUGUACUGAUUAACACAGGGGUUUAAUAAGCAUCCAGAGUUUGUCUGACACUACAUGAUAUAACACGUUUCUUUGUUAUUUUUUGGCUUUGAAUAGCUAGAGUUGUUUUUCCUGAGUUAUGUACUGUACCUCAAACAAACCGAUAAAAAUGGACAAAUCAGUUGUCACGUACCUACCUCCAGUCUUGAAAAGGAAUGCUUUUGCCAGUUUACUUUCAGUAUGAGUCACAUUAAUGUAUAAUAUGAUCUAUAUCAGGACUGCAGAACCUUACUUAAAGUAUUGUAUCAGAUCAGUCAGGCUUCCAAUUUCAGUACAUUUGGAUUCUCACCUUCAACUUGACUUUCAGGUUUUGAAACACGUAUGUUUUGAGUUUGAAUUUGUAUAUUGUAUUCAUGAAUAUGUUUUCUUGUUUUUAAUUAGUAGAUAUCACUAUACUUGAUUAGCUGCUUUGUGUACUUCACACAAAUGUGAUUUUCUUUUCUUGUGAUAUGGUUAAACCAGAUGUAUAUGGAAUUGCUUCAUAGUGAUGGAAUAUACCAUUUUUCACCUGUCACCAGACAACCUUUGAAAAGUGGUAUUUGAACUGGGCCAGAGGUAGAACCUCAGAGGAGCUACACUGAUCCGGUCAACCUGCCUUCACCAGCAACACUAGUAUGGAACAGUAGCAGCUUAACAGAGGUUGUGGUAAUCUCUCACUAACCAACAAUCAGCACAGUGUUCUGGACCAUGAAGGUGCCUUCAAACUGAAUGCAAAGCAAAUUCUGAUCUUGCAUCAUUCAAAUGUUUCCCCUGUACUGCAGUCCGUGUUUAUUCAUCGCAAACAGCCAGUAUAACAACUGUACGGAUUUUAGCUGUAGCUGGUAAUUAGCCAGCAACAUACUCAACUAAUUGUUAUGAAUAAUGAUUUUUUGCUUUUGCUAAGGAACAAUAUGUUAGUAGUAGUACAUAAAAAACAAUGGAUGCUGGUGUUUAGCAAAUCACAUGCCGCUGUAGUUUAUAUAGCCCCUAGAUGGGAAUUUUUUGCUCAAGUUGAAACAUUUUCGACUUGUGCAGGCGUGUCAUUGCCUAAAAAUCACAUCGCCAAAGUCACAUUCGGGUUUGUUCGUGUUGACUCAUACACCUACCUUGACUUUAUUUGCAGACACAUUAGGUUUAAUUACGCUACACCCUUUUCCAUGUAAGACAUUUUCACAUGUCAUAGUAGGAAAAGCACAGGUGUAUGUAAUAUCAUUAAUAAAGAAUUCCAUUGAGCCGCUUCAGUUUCAGGGUCCUGCUACUGUGCAUGCUGACUUACUGUCAAGGUUUUAAGGACAUGUGAAUAACGCCUGUGCUGUUCCUACUGUGACAAGGCAAAAAGUAUUGUGUGAAAAAGCCUAUUAUAUGUGCUCAUUUAUUUCACAAAAGAAGAUACAGCAACAGCAUUGGACAAUUUUUUUAAUAUAUUAUAUUUAGUAAAUGUAUUUAUUAUAUUUCACAUUUGACAAAGCAAGAUUAUGUACGUCCAAUCUUUGUGCUAGGUUGAAGCUAGGCUAAACCAUCUCUUUACUGGACAAAUAGAGAUGACACAUAUCUCACCUGACAAAAAUCUGAUUAGUAUAUUUAGGUGUAAAUUCACUGCUAACCCACUUUCAACAUCAUGGCUUGCAACGUUUUAGUCCUCACGGGACUACAUCUCCUCCAGUAAUGACAAGUUAGCGGAAGAUAACGAACAUAUCCAGGCACUGCAGAAAAUGCUGUUUUUACUAAUCCAACCAAUCCAAACAGAGAGAAUCACAAGCUGCCAUUAAAUCAGCUACCUAAGAAUGCUGUAUAAACUGUGUGCAAAGGGUAAAGGCGGGUUGAUCAGUAGCUUUUGUGAAUGACUUUGAAACAGACUGGCUUCAUCAUUUGAUGAAUCAUUAAACACCACAAUUAUCAGCCAGCCAGACCCCAUGAAGACCAGGUAUUAACAUGUGAUCUGUAUAAGGAAAAAAGCACACAGAAUGUGAUCUGAACCAGACAGUGUAUCCAGGUACAGAUCACACGAUGAUACCAUGUGUACAUGGCGUCUAACUGAGUUUUUUAACUUGAACAUUUGUCAUGAGUUUAGUUCAGUAGAGUUUAAAACGCAAGCUAUUGACUGUAGUUGAAUGACUGUAGAAGCCACUGUUGACAAGCUUUCAGCUCUGGGAGUCUUAAUGAAGGUGAUCUUUUCUCUUCAUGAUAUCAUUUUCCAGUACAAUCAAAUACACAUUACUACCUCCAGAAAGGCCUACUUUUACCUCAUUUUCAAACUCAAAUACUGUUUAGAAUUCAGGUGUGUGAGAGCAUAUUGUGAACAUGAUAAAAUGAUGUAUAUGUACAUAUAUAUAUCUAUCUAUAUAGAUAUAUAUAUGUACAUACAUUUUUCUCUGCCUCUUAGUCACCAUUGGGUAAGACUAGAUAUGUAGCUAACCUCUGAAAAGGACUUUUCUUACCAUAUGCAAUGUUUUGUAGUUAGCUGUGAGGGAAGUGGAGAGAUUUCCCAGCUCUCCCUCUGCCUUGCUCCUUGUAUAUUAUUUCAAAAAUCUUUUACAGUAUCUAAUGUUUAUUUCUUUCUCUAUCCUAGUAUCCUCUAUCUAGUAUUCUUCAAUUUCUCAAAAAAAAUGUGCUUGUUUGCUAAAAAAAAAAGUCUUUAUAAAUAUUCACUGCAUUCUAUUCAGCACAAUAAAAAGUAUGUCAUCAGUAA